AUGCUGCAUGAAUUUAUUCAUUGAAAAAAUGAAUCAGACAUUAAAGAACUGCGAGAUAUAGUUCUACAGAUUUAAUUGUCUCUAUCAUUGCAGUUCAUUCUAUUUCUGCAGAUUUAUUUGUCUCUUUAUCUUGUGGAGGUAACUGUACGUCCCCAGUGGGAGAUAUAGUUCAUAAUGUCACGAAUCAUUGAACUGGGGGUUGAGCGGUGGGGAGAGUACUGUAUAUAUGACGGAUGGUAGGUUAGAAACCAAGGUAACCAGACUCAAACACAGAAACAGAAGUGGGUCUUAAUUUUCUAGAAUAAGAAAUUAACACAAUUAGGUGAAGUUUGUUUUUCUCGAAUAAAUUUUAUAUCGUUAUCUAGAGGCUCCACUAAAACAAAGAAUACAAACAGCGGAUCAUAAUUUGAUAGCAUAAUCCCAGUCUUGUGAAGAAGAGUGAUAUUGACGGUUCACAAUUGGGUCUCAAUAUGAAGAAGAGUACGCUGACAUUUUAAGGGAAAAUAUCAGAAUAAGAAAUAAGGCAUGUAUAGUUGUGAUGCUCAAAACCACAUAAAACAAGUCACAGGAUCUAGAUAUUGGUCUUCUAUCACUCUUUCGUCUACAUUUUCCAUUAUAUAAAUUUCUUAUUCUGCAUGGUGACGGAAGUGAGAGAUCCACGUCGAUUAUAAAUAAAUUAAGCACUAGAACACAGGAAACGAUCUUAUAACAAUCUAAAUUUGCUAAAAUAGACAUUGAGAACUCAGUUUGUAGUUUACGGUUCAAACUUCUCAGACUGGACUCAUUCUCAAACAAUCUUCACUGCCAUUCAGGAUCUGCUUCCGUCCGAAUUUAAAAAGAGAAUUGAAAUCGUCAAACUACGAAGAGGAGCAAGGGUAGGACAAUGAGUACCGAUAUCUAAGAUACCUGUGAGAGCGAGGAAGGAAACAAAUAUGAUGACGGGCCAUGCAUGCACGGGAUCCCGGUCCUCGGGCAAGUACUCGUUCAAGAACCCCAAACGAGCGGCCGCAAAAACGCAGGCGCUCCUCAUAUUCCUCCCGACGUGGGAAUCCUCCAUCCCCUCCAAAGUCUGCAGCGCGAUGUCUUUGCAACUCCUCCCCAACUCCACCAGCAGCUCCCCCGACGCCUUAA